AUGGCAAAGAUAAUUGGUGCACAUCUAUCGAUAAGCAAGGGGAUUCAUACAAUCCAGGCACAAAUGGAAUUGCUCGGGUUGGACACAUGUGCCAUAUUUCUGAAGAGCCAGAGGAGGUAUCUUGCACCACCCAUGAAGGAUGGUGCUGCAGAGAUGUUCCAGGCACAUGUUUUACAUCCAGAAUUGAUAGUUCCUCAUGGUUCCUAUCUUAUAAACUUUGGAAAUCCCAGUCUGAUAGACAAGAGCAUGGAAUGUCUUGUUGACGAUAUGGAAAGAUGUAGGUCUUUAGGGAUUAAGAUGUACAACAUGCAUCCAGGGAGUGACAAGGGAAAAAACAGAAGAGAGUGCCUAAGAGGGGUUAGUAGCCACAUAAACACAGCACUCUCGAGGGUUCAGGGUGUCACUGUGUUGAUAGAGAACAUGGCAGGGCAAGGAAAUGUUCUUGGAAGUUCCUUUGAAGAGCUCAGGGAUAUCAUAGGAGGCAUUGAAGAUAAACAGAGAAUAGGCAUAUGCUUAGACACCUGCCACUUAUUUGGAGCUGGAUUUGAUAUUUCAACAGAAGAGAAGUUCACGGAGGUAAUGGAACGGUUUGAUAGGAUAGUUGGACUAAGUUUUUUGAAAGCCAUGCAUAUCAACGAUAGUAAAGAGGCAUUAGGAUCGAAGAAAGAUAGACAUGAAUCAAUUGGAAAGGGAAUGAUAGGGGAAAGAGCAUUUAGAUUCAUUAUGAACAGUAGGAUUUUUGAUAACAUCCCACUAAUUCUUGAGACUCCAGAUCCGGAAAAGUAUAAGGAAGAAGCAAGUUUCUUAAGAGGCUUGGUCAAUAAAUGA